CCGGGCCCCUCUUCUUUCCUGAGACCUGAAGGGAGGAGAAGGAUGGAGAAGGAGGCCACCACCGUGUACAGGAGGCACCGGCCAGGCGCUGGGGCUCCUCCUUUGGGGGUGGCCACCGGACACCCCAAGGGGACCAGUGAGGGGGCUGAACUGCAGAGGAGCCAGAGCAUGGGCAGCUUACACCAGAAGGGGGACCCCCCGAGCGGCAUCCAGAAGCCGUCCAAGGACCUAGAGUCUGAAGAUCAGGGAAAGGACCUGAAAAGCCACGCCGAAGACCCCGUCUGUCAGGCAACCCUAGUGGAAGACAAGCAGGAGAAGAACCAAGAUGCCCUUGGGAAGCUGGACCAUGGGAGUGGAAAGCUGGACCAUGGGAGUGGAAAGCUGGACCAUGGGAGUGGAAAGCUGGAGGUUGAGAAGAGCGACUCAGAGGCCAGCGACCAGGAGGAGCAUGAAGAAGACGAGCACACAAACAAAUGCUCCCAGGAGGCCAAGGAACAGGAGUUGGAGUCCCUAAAGCCGGAAGACCUUCUGGAAAAAGAGAAACCAUCUAUGUUUGUGGAGAUUGAUCUGGGAGACCAUGCUGAAGAGGUGGUCACAUGUGCCAUGAGAGAAGAGAAGUGGUCCCAAAUGGACAUGGGAGAUUUGUCAGAAGAUGAGACCAGGACCAGCUGGGUGUGCUGCAUUCCAUACUCCACCAGAAAGAAGGUGAAGGAGAGUGUGUAGCGGCCCUGGAGAAGGUCGGCCAGGAGAUGCAGAGGGACGCAGACAAGCAGCCCUGAAACCCCCACAGGAACCUGUUUGAAGGGCACCAAUGACGCGCGUGUGAAUCACUGACCCACUGGGUGAGCCAUGAUGCCAUCUUUUAAAAAGACACAAUAAAGAGUGAACAAAGACGUUCUCCCUCUUCCGCUGCCCUCGGUAGAUCCCCCUUCCUUCCUUCUGUGCAUCUUGUUCCAUGAAAUAUAAAUGGGGAAAGGGAGGUGGGCUCAGGGAGAUGGCACGAUGCUGGGCUCGGGGAGAUGGCAAGAUGCUGGGCUCAGGGAGGCGGCAUGAAGCCCGGGCUUCUCAGGCCAUGGGCACACAACCCUUCAGAUCCUAGGAAACCUCAUAAACAAAGUC